AUGGUUAUGGAGGAUCAGUCAAGUAAAUUGUUGACUAUCAACACACAUAAGGGACUUUUUCAGAUGCAUCGCCUUGCAUUUGGAGUAGCAUCCGCCCCAGCCAUAUGGCAACGUACUAUGGAACAAAUCCUCCAAGGAAUUCCGGGUGUGCAGUGCGUACUUGACGACAUGAUUGUGACAGGUCGUGAUGACAGAGAGCACCUUCACAACCUUGAGCGAGUACUCAAUGUUCUUGAUGACCGCGGAUUAAAACUCAACAAUUCAAAGUGUGAGUUCUUCAAGAAACGCGUUGUCUUCUGUGGGCAUGAGAUUGAUGCUGAGGGUCUACAUCAGGACAAAGUCAACGCAGUGAACAAUGCACCAAAGCCUACCAAUGUAAGCCAAAUGCGCUCAUUCCUUGGGCUCAUAAAUUACUACCAUCGUUUUCUACUGAAUUUGGCCACUAUACUGCACCCACUCAACAGACUGCUUGAGAAAAAUAAACCAUGGGUUUGGACUGCAGACUGUGAGAAUGCAUUCAACAAGGCCAAAACUCUGAUUACUUCUAAGGAAGUUUUGACACAUUACAACCCAGAUCUACAGGUGAAGUUAGCUUGUGAUGCCUCACCAUAUGGGUUGGGUGCCGUGAUGUCUCACGUUAUGCAAGAUGGAUCUGAGCGACCAAUCGCAUACGCAUCACGCACACUAUCUUCGGCAGAACGUAACUAUUCACAGAUUGAUAAGGAAGCCUUAGCACUGAUAUGGGGUGUUAAAAAAUUCCAUAACUAUCUUUAUGGAAGGAAAUUCACGCUGGUUACAGACCAUCAACCGCUCACAUCCAUAUUCAACCCUGCAAAGAGCAUUCCUGCGACUUCCGCAUCACGAUUGGUGAGAUACGCAAUAUUUCUUGGGAGUCAUGACUACGACAUCGAAUACAAAAAUACAACGACACAUUGUAAUGCCGAUGGACUGUCGAGAUUACCAUUGCCAGUGGUCACUAAUGAUUACAGUGACCCAGAUAAUCUUCUCUGUGUCUCACAACUCGAAAUUUUGCCAGUGACAUCUUCACAAGUAGCUCGAGAGACAGCAUAUGAUUUACCAGCCGCCCAGGCUCGUGAGUAUACCAUGAAAGGGUGGCCUCACACUCACGACUCUGUCCUCGCACCAUUUUAUACACGCAGAAAUGAACUCUCUGUACAUGAGGGAUGCCUUAUGUGGGGACUACGCGUCGUAAUUCCGUCCAAGCUACGCAAGAAAGUCCUUGACGAAUUACAUUCAGGGCACCUCGGUGUUGUGAAAAUGAAAACACUCACACGAGGCUAUGCUUGGUGGCCUGGGAUUGAUCAUGAUAUUGAACAAAUUGCCAAAGGAUGCUCUGGAUGCCAAAGAGUUCAGCGUAAUCCAACUUCAGCACCACUCCAUACAUGGGAAUGGCCAACAACCCCAUGGCAACGCAUCCAUAUUGAUUAUGCCGGACCGUUCCUUGGACAAAUGUACCUAGUGGUCGUGGAUGCACACUCAAAAUGGCCAGAGGUUGUGUGUACCAAAUCGUCGAACACAACUCAGACCAUUGAAAUUCUUCGUGACAUUUUCUCACGCAAUGGAGUUCCCGAACAGCUUGUUAGUGAUAAUGGGCCCCAGUUCACAUCUGAGGAAUUCCAAAUCUUUCUCAAGAGCAAUGGAAUCAAACACAUCCGAUCUGCUCCGUAUCAUCCAGCAACCAAUGGGCUGGCUGAGCGCUUUGUGCAAACUUUUAAACAAGCUCUCAAAUCAAUGGCGGGGGAGAAAGGAUCAGCGCAGCGAAACUUGCUAACUUUCUUCUUGCUUACAGAAGUGCACCUCACAGUACUACGGGACAAUCGCCUGCUAUGCUAUUCAUGA